GUUCGAUUUGUGAACUUGCACACGCGCCACGCUCACGUCAGUGUGCUGAGUUUUGCACACUCAUGCACACUUUGUGCGUCGGUACUUCUUUUUUUCCACGCCGCAUGGGCAAGAUGGCAGAGGGGAAGACGGACGACGGACACCGGCCGAGGAGCACCGAGAGCGGCGUCGCAUCGGUGCUGCUAAGGAAUCCCGACGAGCGAGUCGCAAGUCCUCGGCUGGAAGAUCUUGCGGAGGAAAGCGUGCAAGUCAUCAAGGUGUACCUGGACGGCGGACCGGAGACGGCGGAUAGCGUCAGGAUGUUGACGGACGAGGUGUCGCAGAUUCAAGAGGUGAGGUAUUGUUUGAAGACCCUGAGAGAGCAGAUGGCGGCGAGACAAAAUGGUAACAACAAGAAGUAUCCCACGAAUGGCUACACAGUCAACCACAUGCCCAACGUCGCCAAUGGCAACAACAUUUACAACUACAUUAACCAUGACGAGAGUGAUGAUAAUCACGUGCGGUAUCUGAGGGAAGAAACCAAGCGGCUCUACGCUCAGAUGAAAGAUAUGGAAAGUCGGCACCGGGAGGAGAGAGAGCGGCUGCUGAUGGAGUCAAAGGAGCAACGAGCACGUUUGGAGGAGCAGUCGGAGCGUCUCCAGCGGGCGGAGACUGACUCAGCGGAGCGAGGCCGACGGGUGGAGGAGCUACAAAGGCUCCUGGGCAACAUGGAGGUCGAGAGCGGGGUCCUGCGGGACAAAAUGGCCGCCGGCGAGGCCGAGCUACAGCGGCUUCAGGCGGACAACGGUGAAGGAAAUCAGAAAGACGACAGACGUGGUCAGUUGGAAACGGAGGUGGCCGUUUUGAAGGAGAAGAUCCACCACUUGGAUGACAUGCUGAAAAGUCAACAAAGGAAAGUGCGACACAUGAUCGAACAGCUGCAGAACUCACGCACCGUCCUCCAAGAACGAGAUCGAGUCAUCGGGGAUCUGGAGGAGAAAGUGGCCUUCCUGGAAGCCGAGAACAAAGAGUUGCACGACCACAUGGAGCAUUUCUUGGCGGGCCGCGACCCCCCGCCGCUCAAGAGCGCCGAGAACAAGCCGGUCAUCAUCUACAGCAAACCUCUGACGCUGUCCGCAGCCAACAAUAAGUCCCUCCCCUUCAUCAAAGUCAUCGAGAUCAAGUCGUGAAUGACGGACAGCGUGCAGUCACGAAAUCUCCAAGAAGUGUUUGGGCCUCUUGCUGCGUGGGCCGGUCGAUGGCAAGUAGGUCACCUGGAUGGUGGACGGAGCGUUGCGGCCCGGAGAACCCGUCAGGUCUUUGGCCGCCGACUGAUGCUGCUGCUCCACAGUGCUGUUGCUCCAGUACGCCUUCACACUGAAAGUGCAACAAAUGCAGUCAUAAAAACACGUUCUUUCUUUGCCCCAACGAGUUAAACGUGAGUAGUACUCACACGUCUGCUAAUUCAUUGAGCGCCUGCUGGUAUUCUAGAAAUUCUGCUUCUCCGAACACCUAGAACGUGAUAAAAUUUUAGAUAUGCAGCCUUAAACGGACGCGACCAUGUGGAGUCCGCACCCCGGUGCCGUGGCGGGCGCUGUCGUAGCCUUCGAGCAGACGGUCGAUGAGAGCGCCGUGGCUACUCUUGAUUAGCGAGUGCGAGUUUCUUAGCUCCAGGAGCCAGCUCCGGAAACUUCGGCCUGUGAAGGCGCUCGGGCUGCUGCACAUCUCCUCCAAAGGGAUACCUGAGUCCCUAAUGGCAUCCAGGGCUUUCAUCCGGUACAGGUAGUUAUAACAACCUGCAAGAUAUAAGUGAUUUACGCUGAUGCUUUUUACAAAAUGCAUGAAAGGAGUGGAAGAAACUCACUAAGCUGUGAUCCAUGCCUGAGCCUGGCAUCAUUUUCAAGCAGGAGACGAGGUUCGAACCGGAUCUCGUGAACUUUCGACAAACGGGAGUCGAUCUGCUCUCGUAGUACCUAUUAGAAACACACCAUAUGCCAUAAAAUAAUGACAAUUAUACAUGACGUCAUUAUGUUUUUCUUUUUUUUUUUUACCUUUGGAGCAUUGUGGCCGAUGGGUGCGUGUGGGCCGCGACGGGAUCUCAUGGCAAAACGCAUAAUUUGCCUUUUGACGAAGAUGAAGAGCAGCACAAAGACCUGUCAACACACGAUGUUAGAAUAAACACAUAGAACAAA